AUGGGCGUGAAAGGCCCUGUCAAAAAGCUCGAUAUUGUGCCCUACCGAAUAUCAGGCACCGAGAAGUUGCUCAUCUUACAUCUUAUUCCAUCAGCCGGUUCUGAGACUGAGACUCAUGUUUCACAGUAUCCCGUGGGCGCCCAUGUCUUCUUUUAUGUCCUAAUGUUGACUAAAUGCUAUACAUAUCUGGGCAGUUUGCGGUCAUGCACAUGUAUACAAAACGCAUAUGUGCGCGGCUUGUGGAGGGGUUUUUCCUACUCCGAUGUACAUGUACAGUACAUGGAGGCGAGUCAGGGCCAGAGAAGGCUUGAAAGUGCUGGGUCGGUGGGGGGUAGCCGUGCCGUAGCUGGCGGAGACGUGAUGCGAAUUGGCGGUCAUGCGGCUGGACAAUUACUGUAA